AUGACUAAUGUUAAUAAUAAUAUGAACAAUUCAGGCAAUAAUUCAGCACCUACGAAUGAGGUGUUAUGGGAAUCUUUAUAUAACGAUUUUAACGAAAUAACAGAUCGAAAUAAGAAACAUUUUAAUUAUAUAGAGAAUAGUUUAUUUAAUUUUUGCAAAGGUGUUAGUUCAAGUGAAGAGUUAUCUUAUGAUUUAUCAAAUCGUAGAAUGAGUGAUAUAUCAGGUUUAAGAAAAAAUAAUAUACGGAUUAAAUUAAAUGUGAAUAAUUUAAUAACAGAGAAAAGUAGGAUAAAUAAUAUAAAUGAAAAUACUAAUGGUGUUAAUAAUAAUAAAAAUAAUAAAGAGGAAUUGAAUAAUGUUAUGUUGAAUAAUAAUAUAAAUGAUGAAUAUGAAAAAGAAAGUAAUUUUAUUUUAAAGGAUGAAGAUGUUGAAUAUAUAAAAAAUGAUACAUAUAUAAGUUGUACAGAUGUUAUGAAUAGUGAAAAAACAAGAAACUCUGAUAAUUUUAAUAAUUCCUAUAUAACUUCAUCAGGAAAUAAUAAUUUCGUUUCAAAACCGGGGAGUUAUAAAUGUGACGUAGAAAAUAAUAAUACAAAUAGGAAGGAUUUAUCUGACAUAAAAAAUAACAAUAAUAAUGAUAAUAUUAAUAUUAAUAUAGGUUGUAAUGAGGGAAAAAAUAAUUAUUUCUUAUUUAAUAAUAAUAAAGACGGAUUAAGAAGAUCCAGUCUUUUUAAUUUGAAGAGCAAAUCAUGCCACAAUUUUUCUUUGCCAGAUGAUGGAUUUUAUAGUUAUCACAACAAUAAUAAUAAUAAUAAUAAUAAUAAUAAAAGUAAUAGUAAUUAUUAUAUAUCUAACGAUUUUUCAAAGAAUAAAUUACUAUUAGAUAAAAAAAAUGACGAUCAUACAUAUCUAUUAAGCAAUAAAAAAAUUUAUGAUACAUACAAAGAAAGAAAAAGCGAUAAGAAAUUUAUUACUUUUAAUACUUUUGAUAAUCAUUCAGAAGGAAGUGUUAUAUUUCCUAUGGAGAAAUAUAGAAAUUUUACAUUGCCCUCAGAAGAAAAAAUAACAUCUUAUAAUUUUUUAAAAAAGCAUAAUAGUACAUUUGAUUCUUUGGAAAAAUUAGAUAUGUUAUUGAAAAGUAAAUAUAAAACUAUUAACAAUAAAUAUAGCAACAAUAAUAACAACAACAAUAAUAAUAACAACAAUAAUAAUAAUAACAACAAUAAUAAUAAUAACAACAAUAAUAAGAACAACAAUAACAAUAAUAAUAAUAAUAAUUUAGAAAGUGAGAAUCAUGUUGCAGAUGAUGCCAUGUCCAUUUCAUAUUCAUGUCCUAAAGAAAAUUUUAAAAAAAAUCAUUUCCUUAAGUCAUUUUUAAGCGGUGAACAUAAUUAUAAAAUAGGUUCUGUCAUGUCAGAAAUUUAUAAUAGAAAUACAGAUGUUGAUAAAAGUGAAGAAUGUCCUCUAUCUGAACAAAAUGCAGAAAUUGAUAACCACAAUGUAUUAAUUAAUAGAUCAAAAAAAUUAAUAGAAAUUAGUAAAAAAUGUUUAAGUGGUUAUUCAGAUGUAGCUUCUAAUAAUAUGAAUGAUUUAUAUAUAAACAAAAAAGGUGACCGUAUUAAUAGUAUUUAUGAUAAUAUAUGUGACAGUUUUAAAAGAGAAGAAAGUGUCUCAAAAUCGUUAUUAUUUUCAGAUAAAAAUAAACAAAUAGAACCCAUUGAAAUAUCAAAAAAUGAUGAUAAUAAUAAUAAGAAUAAUAUUGAUCAGUUGCUAAAUAAUUUGAAAAACAUGGAUAGUUCUAACGGAUACGAUUAUGUAAACCAUAUGGAUAAUGUACAGUAUAGUUAUGAUACUGAAGAAGAUGAAGAUGAUAAUUAUAAUGAUAAUGAUACUGAUAAUUGUCGUGGGAAAAAAUCAAAGAUAAGUGAUCAUGGUCUAAAUAAUGAUAAUGUAGAGCAAAAUAUAUGCAACUUAAAAAUGGUAAACUUAACAAAUCAAAAUAAUAACAACAAUAAUAAUAAUAAUAAUAUUUCAAAUUUUAAAGAAGAGCAUAUAGAAAAAAAUGGGAAAAAAAUAAAUACAAUUUUUGAGGCAUAUGAUAAAAAAAAUAUAACACAAGGGAACGAAAAUGCAUAUAAAUACAACAACAUAUAUAUGAAUAAUACCCAAGGAGGGGAUAAUAAUAAUAUACCUGUUGUUGUUAAUAGUCGUCAUGAGAAAAAAAAAAAAAAAGAAAUAAAAAUAGAAGAUGUAUGUUCUUUAUCAAAAGAACAGGAAGACGAGUUAAUUAAUAUCGACAGGAAUCAUGUUUUGUUAGAUGAUCAUAAGAAAAAAGAGGAAAAGUAUGUUGAAAGUGGAGGAGGAGUGAAUAUCAAUAUGUCUACAAAAGAGGAACAUGAUAAGAAUAUUGUGAGUGAUGAUCACAAUAUAGAUGAUGAUGAUGAUGCUGAUUACAUAUAUGAAAAACUGAAAGACUGUAAACACCUUAUAGAAAAGGAUGUUCUUCCCCAUGUUGCUGACGUUGACAGAGUCAAUGUUGAUGAAAAAGAACGUAUAUCGUUAGAUGAAACCGGUAGCAGUGCACGUAAAAUAAUCAUGCAUCCCGAUUUUGUUGAGAAAUAUCUUCAAAAUAAAAAAAACGAUAGUGUCAUGGGAUAUCGGGAAGAAUUAAAAAUUAGUGACGAGCAGAAAAAAGCGCUAGACAAAAGUGUUGAUGUUAUAAAUUAUUCAAACGAUGUAAAACGUUUAUUUCGAGAGAAAUAUUUUUUACAAGAUUUAUGUGAAAAAAGAAAAGUUAUGAUUCAAAAAAGUAAAAUUGAAAAUACCAAAUUAAAUAUAGAAAUAAAAUCACUUUUAAGUUUUAACAAUAACUUGAGUUAUGCAUUAAAAGAAAAAGAUGCUGAAAUAAAAAUUUUGAAAAAACAAAAAGAAGAAUUAGAAAUAAAUUUAAUGAAACGAGUUAAUAAUAAUACAAAUAAUAAUCAUCCGAAUCCUUAUUCUUUCUUAAAUAAUUCUACUCACUUAAGUUUACAUAAUGAUGACAAAAGAAAUAGCAUCGAUAAUAAUUAUAAUGUUUUAUGUAAUAAAAGCACAUCCUCAUCAAUUAUUUUAAAUAACAUGAAUGAUGCAAAUGAAACUAUUAUACAAAGUUAUGAAAAAAAAAUACAAGAAUUGACAGUGCAACUAAAAAUGUAUCAAACGAAAAAUAAUGACUUGCAAGAACAGUUGAAAAUUUUUAUGAACGAGUAA